AUGUUGGCUACUCUGUCGCCCUCGUCCCUGCAUUACGAAGACACGCUUUCCACCCUACAGUACGUUUUCUCGCUACGUUAUUGCUUUCGUUUAUGCUUAUUUACCAGCCACGGUGUGUCUGCCAUAUCCUUAUUCCCAUACCCAUAUAUGUUUUUUUAAGUUUAUCUCAUUUCGUUUUAACUGAAUUGUUUAGAGCGUUUGUUGUUUUAGCCGCAAGUCGUAAGAUGGCCGCACAUAUUCUGUGUUCCCAUAGAUGGCCCUACACCUGUACUGUCGUCUCUACCCUUCAAGACUCCUGCUCUGAAUGGCAUAGUUGUGUUGCCUUUGUACUGCAGUGCAGGGCGGUGCUAACGGCCAAUGAAAAUGAUUGCUUAGCCAAUGACGUAUUACAGAUGAUUUCAGGCCAAUUCUUGUCUGAUAACUUCCUCAGUAUAUUUUUCACGCUAUCUAACCCUUGCUUUCCAUUACGCCAAUGUCCUGUAAGAUACGCCAAACGAGCUCAUUCGAUCGUCAACACGGCUGUCAUCAAUGAAGAUCCUGAGGGCAAAAUCAUCCGUGGUAAGUUUCCCUUCGGAGGACUUUCAUUUGACUGUUUCGUUUAUGGUGGAGGAGCGCUCACUCGCUCGUUCCGCUGUGCCUUACGGGCUCUCUCUCUCUCUCGAGCCCAGCCAGCAGCCGCACUGCGGCGCCUGUUAUAGGCAGAAUGUUAUUACCGAGAAAGACAAGGGAGACUAGAAUGGCCAUUUCUGGCUUAUCAGCCGUCGUCAGCCAGUCGUACCCAACCCCGAAGUGUGGAACACCUGAGGCUCGAACUCGCGACCUGUCAGUUAGAAGUCCAACGCCUCUAAUCGCUGAGCCACGGGCUCGUGGUCCUCUUUCAACCGACCGGAUAACGAGUCCGUGGAUCAGGGGGGAGGAUGGGAGAAGGGUCGACUAAGGGUAACAGAAAUAAACGAAACAGGCAGUAUGUUAUUACCGACAAAGACAAGGGAGACUGGAAUGACUAAAAUGGCCAUUCCAGUCUCCCUGGUCUUUGUCGGUAGUAACAUUCUGCCUGUUUCGUUUAUUUUUGUUACCCUUAGUCAACCCUCCCCUCCCCCCCCCUGACGUGGUCACUUGAGUAGGGUUGUAGUAUUAAUUUACCAUGCAGCAUAAUCCCAAGACACUGGAGUCAUGUCGGGCUUUGCAUGAGCUUCUUUCCGGCCGCAUCCAAAAGUGACUGCUUAGGCAGUGUGAAUUUUGCCCACUGUCUUUCGGUGUCCCUAUAAAUUCGAAUAUAUUUUGUUGAAGAUAUCUACAAACAGUAUUUUCUGUAUUUCACAGUCAUCUUCAAAUUUCAUGCUUGAGAAAAGGGUAUUUUUCGGUCUUAAGGAACCUACAGUUCCUGCGGUUAUAUUUGCAGUCAUGGUUUCCAAACUGCAAGAUGUCUAUUUUCCAUUUAAGGAAAAUCAUACAUUUCUAUAAGCCAUUAAUAAAGCGUAAUAUUGGACCCACAAUUUUACAAUGAAUGUAGAGCAUGUGCUUUUUUAAAAAUCUCAUGAUUAGAAACUUUUGAAACUGAAUUAUUUCCUUUAAGUAUGAAAUUUAUAGAACGCCUAAUGUGUCGUGAAAUGAGCAAAAGAAAGAGUACUUUUACACGCAUGUCUUCCAUAAAGUGCAGUUGAAUUUAGAAGAACAUAGAAAAUCACCUGGAAACAUUCAUGCUACUUAAGCAGUCAUUUUUUGCAGUGUAAUUUCCCCAAGUUGCCGGAAAGAAGCCUGCUCAAAAGGCAGAAUAGUGACGUAACCGAAAUUUCUUGUGCUUAUGCUGAACAGUAGUUAAUUUUGGAGCCCUGCCUAAGUGAUCUUUUCGAAUCAAAAACACAGCCCGGAAUUUCGAUUUGCAUUUCAUGAAACAGCACAUCUGGUGUACAGCUGCAUCAGUAGAAAAGCUUCCGACAUAUCGCUGCCAGUUUAGGGUGACGUUUAAAUAGCAUCAAUUAGGUAGACCAUUGAGGUUAAUCAGGAAAAACAUAAACUGCGGUCGGCGAAAUAACCACGGCUUAGAACCGAAAUAAUUUGCUACGAAGACAGCGGGAUGUUGCAGGUCCCAUCCUUUUGCAUAGGAUGUAUCAGACAAUUGCUCUCCGCUGACCGAAGAAUUCACCAACUGAAUGAAAAACUGCAUAAAGAGCAACAUUGCCCUAGUGAAGAGACCUGGUAGACAGGUCAAAGACCACGAAUUUCAUUAUCGUGGCAGAUAAUUCAAUAGAUCCGGCGACCUGAAGUUUCUCUGAAUACAGGAGGCAAUCGACAAGUUCCCCUCAGUGUGCUUGCUGGAACCUUAAUGUUCGCUGCGAGUAACACCCACUUUUGUCGGCUAAAGGUAUGGAGUCGCUGGAAGCGUUGUAUUCGUUGUCGGACCUUUGUAAUGUAGCUUUCGGGACAGCCAAAUAGGUGCAGUAGUUCGGCCCUUGCCCUGUCUGAUGUCUACAGCUGUUACGAUAUUCAGUGUAGUACCCGGAUGGCAGGUCGAGUGUAGUGCCUACCGUGCUAUAACCACCAGACAUUUGAUGUCUCGGUGAGAAACGUCCGAUUGCUUCACUCCUUUGUUUUUUUUUCCAGAACUGAUGUCGGAGAUCGAUCGUUUGCGCCAACAGGCAAAGCUAGCGAAAACACCGAACAGCCCUCUGGCCAGUCAAAUAAAAAAUCUCAAGGCCCUUCUGCGGGCCCGUGAAUGUGAAGUCGCAUUUCUAUCCAAGUAAGAAUUUCUAUUCGGGGCUUAUUUUCUCGUCUUCUUUUCCUACCCCGCCUGACUUCGUUUUCCUGCAUCAUUGCGUUUAUUUGAUGGGCCAGUUCAAACAGCCGGUAAGUGCUUACCGCACGGCGGGCUUGGGCCAUCGACCCCCCAUCCCGAGCUGUUUAGCUGUGAGUGCCUCUGCUAUCCGUAGCCUGCCCUAACAAGUGAAUCCUUGACCGUAGAAAAUGACGCCUGAGCGCCUUGGCGUUCUUUCGUGUGUGUGUUUAUAAAAUAUGACGGAAGCGACUUUUUUUUAACAUCCUCUCUCAGCCAACCCCUUACGUCCUGAAUUAUCCUGUAGUCCCGAAAGUGGGGCAAUCAACACAUCGAUUGACGCUAAGUUCACAUCCGAGACCAGGCUUAUCGGCUUGUCUUGUUUCCAGCGCAGGCGACUAUCUUUGUGGCUGCGAAGUUAAUCUCGUGACCCGUUUCGAAGGUGUAGGCGGGCACUUGCAGUAAUUCGUCACCCUGCCCCACAGCCAACUAAUGUUCGUGUAUGCGCGACCCGACCAUGCGUUUAGUCUGACCUGUUUAGGCACGGGAUACAAUCAAAAGAAGAGUGGGCGUUCACCGGGAGGGGUUUAUUUGAGAUCCGACGUUUCGGGUAGUUUACUCGUCUGCCCAUCUUCAGGGGCUGGGAGGUCCUGUGCACAGCACUCCUCAUUAUGGCGCCCUUUGUCCAAUGCGUGAUCCGCCAAUGCCGCCUGUGUGGCUGCAUCCCACCCGCAUGUCACCGUGACCUGAAUCGCCCCCGUCGGCCGCGGUGAUGACUGACGGCCCCGAUUGUCCCGCGCCGUGACUGUCCCCCGCUAAGAAGGUUCGUAAAGUCAGAUAAGGGGGAGGCAAAUUGAUGUGGCGGUUGACAGAGCGGUCGGUGGACAUCCAGGCUUCUUGCACUUGCCUUGCUGUGUGAUCGCUGCCCUGGCCCACAAUCUCAACGGCGUCAAAGUUGAAGAUGUGUCCCAUUUGCGCGGCAUGGUUUGCUACCUCCGACUUUGGGUCCAACCUUCGCACGGCCAACUUAUGCUCGUGCAUUCGCGUUUGCAGCCGUCGGCCGGUUUCCCCAACGUAGUUGCAACUUCCGCACCUUCAUUGAAGUCGGUAGACAACGGCCGACAUCUCCUGCUUAGGGAUCGGAUCUUUCCCUGAAGAUGGGUAGACGAGUAAACUACCCGAAACGUCGGAUCUCAAAUAAACCCCUCCCGGUGAACGCCCACUAUUCUUUUGAUAUGCCACCUGGGAAUCGGAUUUUCACUCCUAUUGACGGGAUACAAUACAUCACGUCUGGCUGAUCCCUCGGAUUUAAUCGGUCUGAUUUUCAUUAUCUUGCUGCACAUGGUAGCUUUGGGCCGGUUGGUCAUUCCCAACAUCCUCUUUGGAACGUCCUCUGUGUAUGCAGAGUAUGCCGUAUCAUCAGCGGUUUUUCUGGUAGAGAACAUGUGGUCAUCGACUUACAAACGCCUUCGAAUAGCUAUUCCCCACAAACUAGUUUCGGAGGUAUCAGAACUCACGAUCUUUCUUCUGGUUGUGGCAAUUACGCAUCGUAAAUGUUGCGAAAAGCUGAUGAAUAGCACUCACAAACUGGUUUAUUCCAAUGAUCAACGAAUUGCAGUUAUACUUCGCCUUUUACGAAUGCGUAUCUGGGUACAGGUAAAGACUAUUGAACGAAACAAGAUUUCAACUGUGUGUAAUGGGUUUCAACAGUAGAAUGACCACACGACGCCUUAAAUGAUCGAAAACGACAAUGAAGAGGACGGCGAGAAAAAAUAACCCGUAGGGGGGUAUCUGCGUGAGGCAUUGGUGUACGCACCAUCAAGCGGGAUUUAGCCCUGGAGUUUUCGAAGAGUACCAUCUCCAGGACCAUAAAGCGUUUAUUGAGGUUCACCUGUGGGUAAUUUCAAGGAAUACCGCAAGCAGCAUACCACGGGGGACAACGAGUGCAUUGGACUGGGUAUCAUAUUACCCAGACUGAUCAGUGGCACAGAGUCGUCUAAGAAAGUAACUUCAAUUUGAAUGGCCCGGACUGUUAAAACUUACUGGAACAACCAUCGCAAAGAGCCCAAUAAACGCGGUGGAGGAUCAUGUACAAGUGGCAAUGUGGCUGUCUGGAUAGUUAUGGUUUCUCACGAGAAGUUCGAAUUGGUGUUUUUACAAGAAAAGCAGAGUGCUCGGUCAUGCAUUCAGACUCCUUCUGCUCGGAUGCUGCUUUUCAAGUCGGUAAAAGAUGAAUAUUUGGUAUUCCAGCAAAACACACUGCCUAGAGGCCGAUACAGCAACUAAGAAACAAACUAAUACAAUAACUUGGCCAUUGUUGAGCUGCGAUCUUAACCCAUUUGAAAAUCUGUGCGGGCCAUUAGCCAUGCUGUAACAGUUGAACUUACCUGUCGAGACAUCAAAUGAGGAAGGCUAUUCAGCAAAGAUAGAGUGUAUCUGAGUGAAUCAGAACUUGAGAACUUGAUUAAUAACAUGGGAAAACGUAUUGAUGUUCUGUGAUGAAACGGAUGCUAUGUACUCUAUAAAAUUCAACCUGCGGCCCCACGGUUUGAGUGACAGCCAUUCGUUCGCAAAAAGUGGAACGUUUUAACCAAAAACUGGUGGCCUUAUAAUUGUGGGACAAACUGUAUACGGCCGCUGACGUAUUUGAAUGCGUUUAGUCUGGGAACUCGGAACGUCAAACCAGCAUCAAAGCGUUUUAGUUUUGUUUCCUUUAACGAUAGCAACGUUGAAACCGAAUUCUCCUUUCGCCGUAGUGUUCUCUCCGAGUUCUUCAUCAACCAACUUUGUUUUGCAUUUCUCACGAUUGCAUUUAGUGAACUCACUCGUCGAACUAUUGAGUCAGCUAAACUAAGAUCUGAAAAUCAGAGGGUCGUUGAACAGCUUGUUGGAUCCAAGUUUGGCGUACCGCCACCUCCACUGCCCUUUCAGUCUUCCGGAAUUCCCGUAGAUGCCAUCAAGACUCCUCUGAAGGCCCUGAAUGCAUCGCCGCCUCAACUGUCGAGGUCUGAAAUGUGAGUUCAUGUCCCUCCUUCCACCUGUUACUCCCCUAACUAAUGUCUCACAUCUGAUAAUCUUUAACGGAAAAUUUGCAGUGUGUUUCUAAAGAUAGUACCUUUGGUACUGCUGGCGACCUUAUCCACGAUGUCCGUUCAGAAUUAUUUCAUAGGUUGCUUCGUCAUUUCUUGCGAAUGCACGACUUUAGCCCUUUGUUAAUUUGAACUCUCCUCCCCUUUACAGGAGACCUUAUCGUAAGCUGUUGCUGAAUUUUACUAUUGGGCUUCCAUUGGCCAGUAAUCCGUAAACAUGACAAGGAACUGGCACUAGGGUAUUUUCGGAAAUUUUCGCAUAUUUCAUUAUUUCAUAAUGUUCUGGCUUCCUGUGGGAAAAAGACUGUUGUCGGAAGAUAUUGUAGAACCACACUGGAACAGACAGCAUAAUAUCACGAGGGGCCAUAAAUUUGUAAAGUUUAGUUAAUUGAUGUUUCUAUGCUACCGAUUUUACCCUUAAUGGAUGCCCCUAACAACGAAUUUUUGAAUGACUACCCCACCAACUAUCAUUUAACAAGGAAUUGUGAAACUCUAGUUGAGAACUUCGCAACUUUUUCCUAAUAAAUGAGAAGCAAACAGCUGUAGCAGAUGAAGUAUUGCAAUUUUUCACCAAUCUUCCUCUGCAUGAGAGUAUUUAGAAAUGGGAGUCUUCUGUCGUUUUCCUAUUAGAAUGUCAGAUCAAUAGUUGGAGGAUUUUGAGCUAACGUUGUGGGGCGGUCCUAGUUGAUACUGUUAACGACAACAAGUAUAUUAUAAGGCACACACAACUUAAAGUAAAUUAAAAGAAGACCAAUAGCUUUCAAUUUUUGCAACGAGGCCACAGAUAGGUGAAUUCAUAGGGCCCUCUUCUGCUGUCAGUACUAUUUCCUGACCGAGUUGCUUUCUGAACCGAUGUCCAAGAGUUCAAACCUAGCAGCUGCAGGAACGUCCAGUAACGAUAGACUAUUUCUACUUGGUAUCUUUCCUCUUUUUGGAUUACAACCCCUCUCCAGGUUACCUCCGCCCCUGAAUUCGGCAAGUGCUGAUGAGGAAAAAAGCCCUACGACGUCCACUUUUCUUCGCGACCGCUGGGCCCCCGAUGGCCAGGAUGCCACUUGGGGAAGUGUAGGUGACGACCGUGGGACUGCUCUGGCCAUCGACGAUAACUCUUUUGUCAAGACCCUCGUCGAUGAUGCCUAUCCGGACCCCAAAAUCACGAGUGGGCUGCACCCGACUCACCACCGAGUGCUCAGGAUGGAAGCUAAGCCGAUCGGUGCCGCCUCUGUGAACGUAAGUAUCUGUACUUCCAAGCAGUCUGUCUAAGCCAGAGAAUUGCGCACCUCCUGAGCACUGUUGUGAACAGAACUUAUCUGAUUCACUGGGAGCUUCUGUUUCUUUGUUUCUCCCACCCCUAUCACGCACAAGUCAAGAGACAUUAGUAGGUUUGUCUAGACCAUACUUUCAAGACUAAAUUCAUCAUUACUUUUCUCAGCUUACAGCGCAAAACUCUUUCUGAUUGGACAACACCAAACCAGAUGUUUUCAUCCUGCCCUUUUGUAUUCUGCCUUUAAUAGGCUCACUAAAUAAAUAGCGGCUUCCGUCUUUGCGGAAGGUGUCUGUUUUACUGACCUUUUCGACAUCAUUAAUUUAUGAUCUGUAGAAAGAACGUAUGGACCGAGUAUCCGAAGUAACGCAGCGCGAACGAUCCGUUUUAAAGGAACUGACUUUCUGCCGUUGCCGUAAGGAAAUUUUCCAAACAGGAUGACCCGGAAUUAUCCGCCUGGAUCUUUAAUUAUCAGGGUUUACCCGACUGAGGGUCAGAAUUCCGAUAACCACAUGUAUAUGAUUAUCGCCUCCGAUCCUUCGUCAGAUAAUUUCUCGUGCCUGUUUAAUAUAUCACUUUUGACCGCAUCAAAACCUAAUUCUCAAGUCGUGUUCUGCCACCUAAAGCAGGAAACGCAAACUGAAGGACAGACGCCUUUAACAAGGUCCUCAGUGCCCGGCAUCUCAACCUUCUCGAAACUCGAAUCAGUUGCUCCGAAUCAACUGACAGAGCAAGGCACCAACACGUCCUUGGAGUGUGCGGACUCGGAGUCUCCCGUCGCUGCGAUUGACGAUUUUGACCAUGAACUUCGAGUACUUGGCUCCCGUAUGGCCAAAUUUGAGGUCGUCGAUGCUGCCACCUGCACUACUGACGAUGGCAUGGCUGCCGUUCUGAUAGAGACGACCGAGUUGCUUACAAUGAAAGACAAGUUGAAUACCCUGGCUACGGAACUUGCCUCCGCACAAAAUGAGUUGGUAAGCAGCACACUCACUCACACUCCGUCCCUCGACAAGUAACAGGGACUUUUGAUUAUUGUUUUUUGGUUUUCUGGCACGAUCGCAAAUGAACUACACAGCUUACGUGUAAGCCUGUGGCUUUCGUGCUGGCCUGAAAUUUCAUUAAUGAACUUCAAUGCUGACACAAUUAAGUCCUCUGUAAGGAGGUUCAGCCGCACCUUUCUACCAUUUUGCCUUUUCCCAGCUUUGUCAAUAUAUUCUGUAGAAUUAGUCCUUCUUGGUUAACUCAACCAAUGCAUCUGAUGUGCGUCUUCGAGCUUACCAUAAUUCAGUCAAAUGUCUCCCGUAAUCUUUCCUACAGGCCAAAAAAUCUGCCGAGGUCAUAAACCUUCGCGAGGAAACCCAGGUUCGUGUGCUUUUUCUUUCAUCCGUGCCUUUUUCCCGCCACUCUUGUGUCCUUUGAGCCAUGCUUUGCCAACGUUGUAGCUGCCGAGUAGGGAAGGGCGUGUCGAAGUUUUGUAGUCGUCAAAUACGGGGGACAAGGGGUUUUGGCUCCAGGGGUUCAGAUGCUAAAGAUAUUUCUUCUAAAGGUUUUGUUACGUCUUCGUACACACUAGAAAGUGACAAGGGUGGUGUAGACAUAAUAAUAGAUACACGGACAGAUAGGCAAUAGUUUAUUAUGGAAACGCAACCAGAUAGAGGAGAAAAUAGAAGUCGGGUGGGUCUAACUCUGAUAGUACGCAACUGGAUAUGCAAAUGUUAACAAUUCGGCAAAAUGUACGAAAGUCAAAUGGAUAAUGCGGAAAAACGUUUCUUUACGUAAACUAGCUGUCGCGAUACGAUAUGUAUGAAUAGAAAUACCAAAAUAAUCAGAUCGAAGGAUAAUAGACGAAAACGAAAACUUAGCAGAACGUCGCGGUGGGGAGCGUCGAUUCGUGUUCAUUUGAUCGCGGAUUCUAAAAAGGGCAGGCGAGAACGAAAAUUACCGUUUAAAACAACCUUCUGUUACAACGUUGCGUUCCGUCUUAUUCCCGCCUCGUGUGUACAAAAAGCUAGUGUACGUACUCUCCAGCAUUGCUCUAAUCUUUGUGUUAUCUCGAGACGAAGACAUUCAUAGUAAAGUAUCCAAGAAGGCCAGGCAUAGGACAUGUAAGCGGAGUUUUGUCCGAACCUAAAACAUCAGUACCUGCUCUUCGCGGCGAUGGAUAACUUGACGACAGUACCACGACUUUACUGUUUGUCGUGGUUCUGCUGCAUUAAAGUGAACUCUAGAGCAUUAGAAAUGUGGGCGACAAACAAGAGGACACUGGAAUUGCGAUUUUUGGCUUAUUCGCGUCAUCAGCUAGUAAUAUCUCAACUGUAGGCUGCACAUCGAUAACUCUAAAACCACAAUAGUUGAUCAUCCAUUAAUGCAUUUCCUACUACACCCACGUCUCGCUUCAUGUCGGCUAAGAUCAGAAGAAUUUAGCCAUAUGUUAGUGGCCUGUACCGGUCCGGAUAAGAAUAUUGUAUAUAGUGGAGUAGGUUUUCUAUGCAAGACUCUACUGCAUUCAUCUAAGUAGACGUUGUUCGGUUCGCCAGUUGGCAAUUUGCAUCGAUCUGUUCUGGCUGCAGGACAGCUCCUUGGCCUUGGGGGUAAGGGUCGUAGGCAGCCGCGUAGCGAAUAACAGUCGAGGGUCCCUUUUCUCCGAUUGAAAGUGUAUAGAGCAAGGGGCUUGACAACGAAGAUCUUAACAGCACGCGUGGUUGCAGGCUGCCACCUAAGGUUUAAAAUCGAGUCGUUUUAUCGUCCAGAAAGGUCCUCACCACUGCACGAAGAACUCUCCCCAUGUCGGCGGAGAUUGGGGGUAUUUAGGCGCAUGAGAGCGGCGUGCAUCUAUCUGUCCUGAUUUCAGGUGAGAAAUGAGCAUUUCCGCUUUGCCGGGAAUUUGACGGUAUAUAACCCAUGUGACCGGCAAUCUAUCGAAACCGACUUCUUCGAUAUCCCUAUUGGCCAGUAAAAGUCGAGCAUUGACCGGUAGUCCGUUAUACUACUGUCUUAAGGCGGAAUGGAAAAGUCCUGUUCCGUUCCACAAUCAAAAUACUCCGGUGCAAGCAACUGUCGUGUGACUAUUCGAGAUGUUUCCGCACUCCUGGCAGUGUUCAUUACCGCAAUCACAACUUCAUUUUCAACAGUUUGUUAACGCGUCAUCUUUUCAGUAGUUUGUCCUUUAUUACCACCCGUGACCGAUAUGGUCGGGUCACUGUGCUGUGUUGUCACCGCAAUAAAAAGUCAAUUACCAACCACUUAGGGCUUAUAUCUCCUUCAUGCGGUGUGCAGUGUGCCCUGGGAGGGUUAGAUUAAUUCUGACAAACUGACUACACAGCUGUAACAGUAUACUAAAACGGGGAUCAUGUUAAAUCCUGCCCGCGUCACUCGAGCUGCUCUGAGCCGACAAAAGUCCUUGUCUGUAGUCGCGUGUGCGUGUGACAAGCACCAGACACUGGCUCUUCCCACUUGAUAUUCCCGAUUACAGCCGACAGGACAACGGGCCCGUGGCUCAAUGGUAGUGUCAAACUCUAUGACCAAAGAUCCUAGGUCCGAAUCCCAAUUGAUCCACACAUAGGGUUGGGUAUGACCGGCUGAUGAUGGCUAAGAAGCCAGAAAUGGCUAUUCCGGUCUUCCCACCCUUGUACCCAGGCGGCCUUACUCGGACUGACCGUUAUUGCAGGGGAAUGGGGAAGAAGGGAUGAGGCCGAUCCCAGUGCCUGCUUUUUUCACUAUAAACAAUAGUGAGUGUUAAAAAUACCAAGACGCAUUAAACGUCUCCUAGAAGGUAGCCAACUGACGGAACUACUCUGUCCUCCUCAUUACUGAGGGUCAGGCCGUAAUGUCUCCUUGCUGUGAUCAUUGUAGCAACUCCCAUCCAUGCAAGAUCAGCGACCAUUUCUUUGAAGACUAGUUUAUGUUAGCUUGGGAACUAGUUUUGUGAUCUACCGCAUCUAAGCACAUCUUGCAGCUGAGCGAAACGCCGCGGCCUCACUCCGGCAGCGGCCUUGAUGGCAUAUAGGGCGUGUCACUGUUACUUCCCGACCUCGAUUGAUUUCUGUGAGACCGGUUUCAAUAAUACGAGGAAAUUAACCGUUUGAUGACACCCGUAGACUGGCUUACUGCUAGGCAAGUCCAAAAACCAAUAUUUCCCCCUUGCUUUCGGCGAAUGCAAAACCUUGGCGCUUGUUUCUCCUCUUACUUCAAUUAAAACAGGCUCUUUCGGACGCGAACAGAAGUUUGAAGAAGGUCUUACUUGAGACCAACGAGGCCAUAUCCAAGCAAAAGAAGACGUUAACCAACCGUAGCACGUCCACGCUUCCGUCGGAGAUCGGUUUUGAUGUGAUUGCUGUCGAUCGUCUCGCUCAACUUCAGAGUGAACUUCAAGACCUGAGAGUCAGGCUGUUUGUCGACCGGCAAGACACAGCUACCUGUACUGCUGAUGACUACGGUGUAUGUGUCAAGGAAGUUGGGCUGCAAGCCACGUGUACUGACCCUGGAAGAUUGUCGAGUGACCUGGCCGUUUCUGUAAACCCCCACGUACGUUACGCGAUUUGUUUUCGCUCUCACUCUUGGCUCAACUUUUUACACCUCGGACCUAGUUCACCAUUUAUACCCACUGCCCACUUAUUUUAAAGGACCCCUGUUGUCCAGCGCCACGAUAGGCUAUCUGCAAUGCAGCUAAAAUAGAAGAGUGGUUGCUGCCACCAAUGGCGUCCAUGGGAUUUAAUACCAAGAUCACAUCAAGGAGGCAGUGCUCUUUGGCAGUCAGUAGCGACCACAUCCGACGCAUCCACCGUGCAAAACCCCACGCCCACUCCACCCGUCCGCGCCACCACCACCACCUCCUCUGUAGGUGACACUGACACCGCCGAUUUCUCAUGCUCACACUGUCCACGCACAUUCAUCUCACGCAUCGGCCUGGUCGGUCACUCGCGAAUCCAUCGCACAGAGACUGGAGAACCAGUGCCUGGAGCACCAACCUAUACUCACCAAGCUCGUCUCAACUGCCCACACUGCCCUCACACCUUCAGGCAUCGCAUGGGCCUAUUCGGCCACAUGCGCAUCCACGACGACCUGCGGUAGACAACCGCCGGCCAAACCACACAUUCACUCACUCACUCCCUACCACCACCACCAUCACCCCACCACACCUCAUGCACCCAACUGUCACCUCCCACGCAAGUGGGAAGUGCGCAUCUCGACUCGGUCCUCAUGCGGCUUCAGCUGCAGGGGUCACUUGAGUCCGAGCCUAUCCCGACACGGCAAGCGUCGUGGAUAGGAAGGUUGCUGAUUGACGCCCGCUCUCGGUUCACGCAGUUCGUCGCGUUGUGUGUGUGUGCUGUGUGGAGUGGCGGACUGGUGGGCUGGGCAGCGAGCUGAAACAGCACCUUCCACGGCCCUCUCGCGCAAGUGAGAGACACGCCGUUCAACCCACGUUGUGUGAAAUCCUGGUGUUUGUGUGUGUAUGGGGGGGGGGCAGGUCGUGCUGUGGCGCACGCAGUCACGGUCAGUCGACCGUGUCAGCCACCGCGCCCAUUUCCCCCUCCAGUCUGCUGACCGGCUCGGACAGCGGCUGAGGUGUGGGGAUGGGAAGGGAGAGUGAGGUCGACGACUCAGCGCACUUUUUCCUCACUAUAAUCAAUCUGACGCGCUUGAAGCUAUCACGGUGCGCUAAAAGCCGUGGCUUGGAAGGUUGCCAACUGACGGGGUACCUUGGACCUCCUCCUUAACGGGAGGCGGUCUGAGAGUCAGGCAGCAAUGGCUCCUUUUUAAUGUGGCCUUUAUGGCAUUCCCACCACAGCGUGGGAUCCGAGCCAGGCGUUGGCGGCACGCCUAGGUGCGGCUUCGGCCGUGCCAGCCUCCAAAUCUCUGUUGUGUUGGUUGAAAUCCUGGUUAUUUGUUGUGUGGACCAGGGGGUGUGGUGGAACGCCAAGGUGAGGAUCCGUCCGAGCCAUCCACCUGCGGCCUCCCUCGUCUCCGGUCUUCUUGACUCUGUCUUGACACCGGGCUCGGGCGAGGGAGGUGGAGAGAGUGUAGGUAGAUGCAGCGCAAGUUUACUGGCACUAUAAACCCCUGCGCAAGUCACCGUCCCUGCUCCCACCUGCUGUGGGGCAUACGGUGGACAUCAUCGAAAUCGAUGGUCGAACUGUCAUAUUUGGAGUAAAUGACAGAAGCCCUUAAAACUCCACCUAAACGGUUCAGACGUGAAGGGAAAUAUUAAAAUUGCAAAAAUUUUGCAUCUAGUUUUAGUGUGCAGAAUGCAUAAAUCUAAUGGUGAGACAUAAAUGUGAAGGUGUGGCAUUUGCGAAAUAACAGCGAAAAUAAUCCUCCACUCAUUAGCACUGGAAAUUUUCAUCCGGGUCAAUGUUAAUGGGCGCAUAAGGGUCUGUUGAAUUUAUGUAAGUAGCAUGUUGAUAAGUAUUUAAAUAAUCCGCCGAAUUUAGGAGCUUGGUUUGUCUAUUGACAGACGAUUAUCCAGAUCUCUCUUCAACACACGGUAGGGAAGUUAACAAAAUACGUUGACAAGGAAUUCCACUGGUAAAUAACUCUCUGCGAGAAAAAGGAGGAACGUUGAUUUGCGUGGCACAGUUCUUUUGUAAGCUAGUAAUCCUGUCGCCUGAAAUUAGUCUUUGGUGCCAUUUCGAAAAGAGUUUCCCAAUAGACAUACAGAUGAAGCCCUCUUAACAACUGAAACGUUUCUACGAUGUCACCUCUAUCCUGCCUGUAGUGGAGUGAAUAGAGGUUCAAGGCCGUCAGGCGCUGCUCGUGCGUGAAAUUUUUGAGUUCAUGAACAGCCCUUGUAGGACGUGGCAAGUAGUCAUCUACCCGAUUAUGUUGCAGCAGUGUACACUCAGCGCGGUAACCUCUCCUUGUAUUAAAUUAUUUUCCUAUAGUCAACUUUUUCUGUACUGAUGGUUUUGCUGUUUCUACUGAGUAAUCAAUGCCUCUCCCUGUCUGUUUUGUCAGCUCUUAGACGUAGAAGAGGAUGAUCCUAAAGGACAGCAUGGAACCCUCUCCGCGGAUGUUGCAAAGGCGGGACAGGCGUACUCUUUAUCUCUGGACGUUACUGCUGCUGCUGAUGCUACCAUUGGCGCCCGCAUUGAUUCUGUUUCUCUCCAGAAGCUAACGGAUGUCCAGGGUGUGCUUUCGACUCUUCGCUCGCGGUUGGAGGCUGAGGAAGCAGUUCGUAGAGCUGAUCGUGUCACUUGCACCGAAGGCGUUGCCUUGGGAGAGGAGGGCAACACUAAAUUGAAGGCCAAGCUAGCUACACUGACAUCGCAUCUGGCUGCUUCUGUGAGGUCAAGGGUCAGUUUGGAAGACUCCUUCUGUUUUUAA